AUGAAUUCGGCAUUAAAUGUUGAGGGUGAUCUAUUGGUAAUCUCUUCUAACGAUGAUUUUCAUCAAGAAUCAGAAUAUAAUUUGGAAAUUUUCAACGCAUUAACAAACAACCAUAUCAGCAAAAUUAAACUAACAUCAGAAGUUAGUAGUGUUAGUACAUUCUACGGAAUCCAUCUUGUUGAAAUUUUUGACUUUUCGGAAUCAUCUGUUUCACAAAUUCCUACUGGAAUGUUUAAAAAUUGUCCGAUUCUUUCAGAAGUUAAACUAAAUAGUAAUCUUAUAACAAUUGAAUCAAAUGCUUUUGCGUUUUCGAUAAUUUCUAUAAUUAAUUUAAAUAAUGUUGUAGAAAUUCAAUCAUCCGCAUUUUCAAAUUGCAUCAACUUGAACAUGAUAGAUAUUGGUAGUGCUCAAACAGUUCAUGAAUAUGCUUUUGAAAAUACAGGUUUAACUCAAGGAGAUAUAUUCUUAGAUAGAAUUUCAAAUGGAUUAUUUCAAAAUUGUUUUAAAUUGGAAAGAGUAAAAUUUGGACGUGCUUGGUGGCCAGAAGUUGGAGAUUCUGCAUUUAGGAAUUGCUUCAAAUUAUCAAAUUUUGAAGGUAUGUCAACCUUAAAAUCAAUCGGUGAUAAUGCAUUUGAGAACACUGCUUUGAGAUCAAUUGAAUUUGAUAGUAUAAACUUAAAAUUUUAUAGUUUUGCCAAUAUAAUCACACUUGAAACAGUUUCAUGCUAUGAUGGUAGCUUUAGUACAUGUUGUUUCAUGAAUUGUAUCAACUUAAAAUCAAUAAUAAUUGAAGAUGAAUUUAGGUCUCAUCAAGAUCAGUUUUUUAAUCAUUUUUUUAAUUGUAUAUCAUUAAUCACAUUCCGUUGUGGUAAAAUGUUAUAUGUUCCUCCAUCAUGUUUUGAGAAUUGUAGAAGUUUAAAAGAUUUUCAAGCAUCACAAAUUCUUUUGAUUAAUCGAUAUGCAUUUAAAAAUUGUCAGUCGUUAGAAAGUUUUACUUUUUCAGGAAUUCAUUUAUAUUCAGGAGCAUUUCAAGGAUGUUCAAAGUUGAAAACACUUAAUGGAUUGCAUUCAUAUUCAAGUGGAUCGCCUUAUUUAUUCUCAGAAUGUACAAGUCUAGAAAGAGUUGAAACUAAUAACGUUGCAGAAGGAAUGUUUUCAAAUUGUUAUUCAUUAAUAGAAGUAAAGAUUCAUGGAAAUAAAAUAAAACCACGCGCAUUUCAAUAUUGUUAUAAUUUAGAAAAGAUUACAUUUGUCAAUCCGAUUUCAGUUAUUCCUGAGUAUUUCUUUUAUGGAUGCUCAAAAUUAUAUGAUAUAAACUUGGAAUCAAUAACAACAAUUGGAAAAUAUGCAUUUUAUAAUACUUCAUUACAUGAUGGAAUAAAUCUUAAACAAACAACAGAAAUAGGAAAACGUGCAUUUGCUUAUUCAAAUGUCAAAUCAAUAGUAUUUGGAAAACCAAUCAAUUGCUAUAACAUUAAGCCUUUAUUUGAAAAAGUUUCACAAGUUCAAAUCUUUUCUAAAUGUAUAAAUCUUGAAAAAAUAACAUUUGAAGAUAUAGGAUUUAUUUCUCUGGAGAUAUUUAGAGAUUGUGAAGAGCUCAAAACAAUUGAAUUUGGUGAACAUUAUCAGUAUAAAGAUGGUAUGCUUAUUGGAUCAAUACCAGAUUCUGAAACGACAAUUUAUACAUAUAACAUAACUGAAGCCAAUAAAGAAUUAAUUAUUCCAGAGAAUGUUAAAGUAAUAUAUCAGUAUGCAUUUUUCAAAGCAAAAAACAUUCAAAAAAUUACGAUUGGUAAUCAUGUGACAAUACAGCAAUAUGCAUUUUGUAGCAUGUAUUCUCUAGAGGAAGUUACCAUCAAUUCAGAGCAAAUACCAACUGGCUGCUUUUUCAGAUGUCCUAAAAUAAAGUCUGUAACUCUUGGUGAUUCCGUUAAAUCAAUUCAUGAUUAUGCAUUCUCAUCAACAAAUGUUAAAGAAAUAAUAUUGCCGGCUUCAUUAACAUCCCUUGGAAAAUCAUUUUUGGGAUCUCCAUUAACAAAAAUAUCAUUUAAAGGAAAGAAUAUGAACUUUAUUAUUAAGCCAAAUGAAGUAUAUUAUAUCAAUUCAAACAAUGAAAAGGAGCUUCUCUUUAUAUACGGAAAAAUUGAAAAUCAAAUACUUACAAUCACUGAAAAUAUUAAAUUGAUUAAUGUGUUACAAAUAACAGAUAAAUUAGAAGAUAUCAAACUAAUAAAGCUUCCAACAACAUUAGAAACAAUCAAAGUAAAUGAAGAGUUUUAUGAAAAACAAGUAAUUGAAGACACAUAUGGUGCCCCUGAUCCAAUAAUUCCAAUCUAUCCUAUUCCAAGAUUAUGUUACGAAGGAACUAACGAGAUUCAAGUAUUGGAUGAAAAAGAAGUCAAUCCAAUGUUUGAAUUUUAUUCAUCAACAUAUCCAAAUUAUUACCUUACUAAAUUCAUUGAAGUCAUCAAAGAAAAUUGUGAAUCUGGAAUUAAUUCUAGGAAAGUAUUAGAAGAUAAACCAAUUUGUAAAAAUGCCUCAUUGAUCAUAGAAGAUACAAAUAAACCCAAGAAAAAAUUAUAUGGUUUAGAAAUCGCGUUAAUUAUCAUUUCUCUUCUAUUAGUUGCAGCAAUAAUAAUGCUUGGAUUUACAAUAUAUGCAUACAUUCAUAUGAAUGAAGAAAGUGAAGAUUCAGAACUUCCUGAAAUGAAAGAGGAAGAAGUUACAACAAUUGGCAUCAAUCAAGAAGGUCAAACUCUUGAUAAUCCACUAUUCAAUAUAAGAACUAAUCAAGAUGAUCCAUUCCAUCAAGAUUUUGAAGAGAAAGAUAUGUUCGAUAGAAAUCAAAAAGAUGAAGAAGAAGUAAUUGACUCAUUGAAAUUUAAUAUCGAUGAACAAUAA